AUGUGGAGAAAAGUGUGUCUGUUUUUCUCCGUUGGCCUCUUGAUGGCCAUCGUAUCCGCAGAUGGACAAUGCAGAAAGGAAACGAGUAUAAGCGGAAUGGCUCUGGAAGGAUUCGUCUUCAAGAAGUUCUCAGUAACAGCCAUCCACGAGUGUGACAUCAGCUGUGAGAGAGAAAUCAGAUGCCAGAGUUACAAUUACGUAAUCGGAGAAAAGCACUGUGAACUGAAUAACCGGACCAAAGAGGCAAGGCCUGAGAAUUUCCAACCAGACCCUGCUCGGUUUUACCGCGUACGUUUAGUCGACAGAGGUAUGCAUUAGAUAUCAUAGCUAUUCUCGGUAGAGUCUGAGUUGUGUGCAGUCGAAGUUAUAGUAAGCAAGAGAAGCUAUGGUUAAUUAAUGCUUGUACUGUUUUAUCUACUUUCUAUAACAGCUCCUUUGGGAUCCAGUCCAGAAGUGUCUGCAGUGUCAUGUCGGGAAAUAAAAGCGAGUGAAGGAAAAAAUGUUAUUAGCAAGAAAUAUUGGUUGGAUUUAAAUGGAUCUGGACAGGCAGUUUUGGUUUAUUGCGACAUGGAAAUUGAAGGUUUUCAUUCACAACUGGAUUAUUCAUUACUCUUUAAUUUGAAACAGGUUUUUUGUGAUCUGUGUUUUUAUUUUAUAAGGUUUCGUUCCUUAUCAUCUGAGCUUGUUCCUUGAAAAACCCAUUCACUUAACGUGCCCUAACAGCUGAUUUUCCUUCAUCGUUAGUUACCCAGCAUCGAGAAACUAAAAUUCAAACAAUUUAAGAUACAAGGAGAGGAAAAAGGAUAAAUUAAAUCUCGCACUUUUUUCCCCUUAAAAUUGUCAGAAAUUAAAACAGGGAUUUUAAAAUGUCACGACAGUGAAGUUUCAGAAAACGGUGAGUUAAAAAUAUAAACGUGGCUUAAUUGCUGUGGAAGUUUCCCGGCCGCUCUAAGAGUGCAUAGAACAUGGUCUUUGUUUUUCAUAGAAACGCUAAGAAGUGACAAAGUUUUGAAAGAAAUGGUACAGAGUUUUAAAAGUACGUGCUGAGCUAUUGUUGGGUUCAAUAGGAAGACUCCUUAAUGUUUUUCCUCAAUGUUGGCACGCGCGCCAGCGUAUUGUUUUUCUAGAAAAUUUUAGUGUUUCGCUUUUCAAGGUCACUAUACGCUAUCAAAAGGCGAUGAGCAAGGUUCAGACUAUCAUUUGUUGUAGUAAAUAUUAACAAAAUGAUUUCCGUUACAAGGCUCCACAAAUGGAGGCGCCCCCCAGUGAUAAUUUGGCUUUGCCUUCGAUUUUCUUAAAUUUGCUGCGGUGAAAUCGCUCGAAAUUUUCACAGUUUGUGAAAUUUGUCCUGCCGAUCAUUUAAAAGCUGAAAAAGAAAUAGGGGUUACAAAGGAAGUUUCCUCGCCAUUUGCAAUUUUGUGUUUUCUUCCUCCAUCUCAAAUUUGGUCUUAUGAAUUUUUUUCAUCCUCAGGGACUAGGAAGGGCGCGAAUAUGUUUAACGGUCCAGCAAAUCUUUGGAAAUUCCAACUAUGGAAACGCGAUCAAUCUUGCUCGAAAGAUCCCUAUUUUCUUUGUCGCAAAACAUUACGUAAUGGACUAAGACUUCGCCAAGAUCUAUAUCUGAGCAUGCGUAAACUUUCGAAGCUGUCCUAUUAGCAAUCUUUCCCACGGUGUUUUCUUUUCGGUUGACCUCUUUUUCAGGCGCAGAAGGCCUAUGAAUAUUACGGGUGCAGUUGCCGGAAACUCUAGAUUCCAUUACAGAAAAACUGCAUUGAGUUAAAGUGUCCUAGCACAUCUUUUCAGAUAAUAAUCGUCCGAUCGUAUCGAGCCUCCAUGUUUUUUUUUGCAUGUUGACACUUUUAAAGCUCGCGCCAUGUUCGCACCCAAAUCUUGGGCAGUCAAAAAAUCCAAUAGAGCCUAUUUAAAUCUUUUGUUUCGCUAAUUUCUUGUUGCCAUCUCCGUCGUAUCUUUCUUUAAAUAGCCCCUACCGCAACACUGGACAUUUUCAGUCAUCGAACAUUCGAGAAAUAGGACUCUGAUCAUCGAUUAGUGAACCUUCCACCGGCUUCCUUUGUUGAAAGCUUCAAACUUUCUAGCGGACAAAAAAAUUAGCGCGUGUGCCGCGGAGGUGUUGAGAUUUUAGGGGUAUCAUCUCAUUUAGAAGGAAAGCUGAUAAAAGCUGCUAGAUGUAAAAAGUAAAUCCGUCUUCGUGGCUAUUGUUAAAAUUCCUCUCCUUGGGUCAGCUUAACUCAGUGUAAACUGUACAGCCUUAACUUUAUGCCGUAUUUUCUUUUUGUUGUUGUCAUAUUCUUUAGAAAAAGCCGUCGACCUUGCUUUUGUAAUUGGUGCGUCUGGAGCUCAAGCUACUUCAGUCUUUGCAAGAAUGGUAACCAUCUUGAAGAACUUUGUUGAUGAAUAUGCAGUAUCUGAGGACAAAACUCGUGUUGCUCUGGUGGACUACAAUGGUCCUGCGAUUGCCAAGGUCUUCUUCAAUGAUGACUACAACAAAGCCAACUUUACGAGUUUUGUAGGCAGCAUACCUGGCCCUGGGGGCCAACCAGGCACACUAAGCGGUGCAUUUACAAAAGUACGAGAUGAGGUUUUCACAACUCAAAAAGGCGAGCGGCCAUUUGCGGAGAAUAUUCUUGUUGUGCUGACCCAGGGAAACUUUGAUGAGAAUUCUUCUGAGAUCAGGAACGAGAUCACUAAUUUUAGAAGCAAUGCAGUGAAGAUCAUUGUAUUUGCCAUCACGGAGGAGGCGGGCAUAGACAAGUGGAAGAAGAUCUCCUCGGGGAUCAACCUCAUAGUUACACCCGAGCCAAGUAAAGACAUAGAGGAGGCAAAGAAACUGCCACAUGCUGCGAGUAAAGGUGGGUCAGUCUGUUUUUAAAAGAGUCCGUUUUAGUCUCAAAGAAACAAAACGAGGCGGGAUAUUUUUGCCAACAUCAGCAGUUUUCGUUUUAAUCCCAUCUGUCCACUCGUCUGCGUCUUCAUCCGAAAUGCAUACGAUUCGGUGCGUUUUUUACCCGUUUUUCAUAUUAAAACGCUCGCCAACUCGGAUGGAAGCGACUGUAUGGGACACUUUCUCGACAUUGUUUUCUUUUAGCUGUUUUUCGUUUGAGUUGAUUUUAGGAUUGUAGUAUACGUAGCAACCUAAGCAAUUUUGAAUUUGAUUUUGAUAUCAAUUCUAACAGAGUUUCGCAGCUGCGUAGAGGUGAAAGCAUUCGGGUACUUUUCUGACGGCCAUUACCUCCUUCACGUAAGCGACGGCUGUAAAGACCCAACUAGAAUUUACUGUCAUAAUAUGGCAUCUAGCACGCCGCAAGAGUUCAUCACCCUGGAGUCUGGUACUGAGAACAACUUUGCUAUUGUGUAUGCCCAGAGGCUCCAAUAUCCUAGUGGCGGCUGCAGUGGGGCUUUGCAAUCAACAUUGUACGAAGAUCGAGGUACUACUUACUUCAGCAAAGUGCGCCUUGAUAUAACAACCAUGAAAAUUCUAAGCAAUGUUUUCACAUUUGCGCAGACGCAGGAGGGUAAAGACAUCUCAUAUGGCAAAGCUGGGGAUUGUUAUUCGUCUUCUAACUCUAGUGUCUGCCGUAAGGGUCAGUUUAAGGUUGACUUGAGAGGGACGAGACUUCACGUUCGGGACGAUGUGACCUGGAAAGUAUUGGUAUACCCGACUAGUUUGACGAUGCAGGACUACCAGAAGUCGCAUGAUGGUGCAGUGGUGUCUGCCAAGUGUGGAGGUUGGUGUGGUACAUGUGAGCCGUCAGGUGGAUUUAUCAUACUGGAGCCUCUGUGUUCCAUUCCUGCUGGUAGGUAUAAAUCAUGUUUGUCUUAG